AUGUCCAAUGGGAUCAGUAUGACUGAGUUUCUUUUACCGGGAUUCUCUAAUAUCUGGGAGCUGCAGAUUUUGAACUUUUUGGUAUUUCUAGUGAUUUACCUGGGGGCUCUGCUGAGGAAUCUUCUCAUCAUUAUGGUCAUAGCCCUUCACCACCACCUCCACAUCCCCAUAUACUGCUUCCUUGUCAAUUUAUCCUUCCUGGACCUCUGCUACAUCUCAGUCACUGUCCCCAAAUCCCUGGUGAACUCCCUCACCAACUACUCAUCCAUUUCCUUCUUGGGGUGCAUCACUCAGGUAUUCCUCAUCAUUGCAUUCAUGGGAGCAGAGCUGGCCUUCCUCACCAUAAUGUCCUAUGACCACUACCUUGCCAUCUGCAAUCCUCUGUGCUAUGGGGCCAUCAUGAGCACGGGGAAGUGUACUCAAAUGGCACUGUACUCAGUGCUGCACACUGGUAACAUGGUCAGGCGGCCUUUCUGCCCCUCUAAUGUUAUCCAGCAGUUCUUCUGCACUAUUCCCCCACUGCUGAAGCUCUCCUGCUCCAAGUCCUAUCUCAGCAAAAUCACUGUGAUCACCAUCAGUGUGAGCAUAGGCUUGUGUUGCUUUGCUUUCAUUGUGAUGUCUUAUUUCCAUAUCUUUGCCACUGUCCUGAGGAUCCCCUCCAUGCAGGGCAAAUCUGAGGUCUUCUGCACCUGCCUGCCCCACCUUAUGGUGGUGAUUCUGUUCCUUGGAGCCAGCACCUUUGCAUACAUGGGACCAGCAUCAGCUGCCACCAGUGCUCAGGAGCUGUUGGUGGCUGUAUUCUAUUCCGUGGUACCGCCCGUGAUGAAUCCCCUCAUCUACAUUCUAAGGAACAAGAAGAUCAAAGCUGUGCUGGGGAAAUGUUUGGCAGGAAACUUUCACCAAAGAAUGGAAUAUUUGUCUUUUCCCCUAUGA